AUGACUGAUUUAACACAAAAUCCUCAUCUUUUCCCGUUAAAUUACGAUGAUAACGAUCGUAAACAUAAUGGAACAGAGUCAGAUGACAGCUCAAUUGAUUCUGACAUGGAAGUUGAUGAUUUGCAACAGACAUUGAGUGAUAAUUUUGUUAAAAUUGAUAUUGGUUCAGUUGGCAGCAGCAGUGAUGAUGAAGAGAAUGUAACAAAAGCUAAAAAGGAUCAUGAUUUGAAGAAAUUGAACGAAAAAUAG